GCAAGAGCUGUCCAGUGCACUAACAUUUCGUCUCAGCGGUUGUCGUGCUCGUCUCGAUAAACCCGUCGUACGUAUCCCGAACCCUCUCGGCGUUACGCAAGUUUGAAACUAAAUUGACCAUUAGCUGUCAGCGUCUAGAACGAAGAGGUGAGUUCCAGCCAAUAGCAGGACAAGAAGCAGGUUGAUCGGUUGUGUACGGGACAUCUUUUCCAGAGAGUCACAGUCAAGAUGGCCGCAAACUGCCUGAAUUCAGGACGCAAUAUAAAACCCCCGAAAACCUGAAUAAGCAAAGCCUAAAUCUCAUACAGCUCUAUAAAAUCAGCCAAAAACCAGUCGCAAACAUGAGUCUCACAUUCAGGAGAGGAUUGACCACCAUGGCCUCGCUCAAGAAAGCCACCAAGGUCGUCUGCAUUGGCCGCAACUAUGCGGACCACAUCGCGGAGCUGAACAGCGCAAAGCCCAAGCAACCUUUCUUCUUCCUCAAGCCUCCUUCGUCCAUCAUCCUCCCCGGAGAGGGACCUGUCAUCCGGCCUCGUGGUGUAGAUAUGCACUACGAGGUUGAGCUUGCUCUUAUCCUCGGCAAGCGUGUCAGAGACCAUGAUGCCUCGGACUUGAAGGGAGCUCUGGAUGCCAUUGAGAGCUAUGCCCUCAGCAUCGACAUGACGGCACGCAACGUCCAGAACGAGGCCAAGAAGAAGGGCCUCCCCUGGGACAUUGCCAAGGGAUUCGACACCUUCCUGCCCAUGAGCAAGCUCAUUGAGAAGUCCCGUAUCCAGGACCCCCACAACAUCGAGCUCUACCUCAAGGUCAACGACGAGGUUCGCCAGAACGACUCCACCAACCUGAUGCUCUUCCAGAUUCCCCGCAUCCUCAGCGACAUCUCCAAGGUUAUGACUCUCGAGGCCGGUGACAUCGUCCUGACCGGCACUCCCAAGGGUGUUGGCCCAGUUGUUCCCGGUGAUGUCAUGCGCGCCGGUAUCCGUGUGGAUGGCAAGGAGCUUGAGGAGGCCAAGAUCGAGAUUGCGGUGGAGGAGUCUACCCGCUCGUAUGAGUAUGCCGAGACGUAAACACCGCACAAACAUGAAUGAUAGCCUAUCCUCAAAUACCCUCGUGUAGUUCGAUAUACAUAC